ACAAUCGAGCCUCCGCGGUUUAAUAGCAGCGGCUCCUCCCUCCGGCCUCAGUCUGCCGGAGGAGCUCACAGGGCUCACAGAGCCUAACGUCCGCGCUCAAACACGAAUGGAAAUAUAGCGACUGCUUUUUAUUUGUAAAGGACAAUACUAUUGAAGAGAAAUAAGAGCUACACUCACCGUCCUCAACUUCUUUUGCCGUCAUGCGACUGUGAAUUGGUUGACCAAUCAAGCCAGAGAAUUGCUCACUACUUAAAGUGUUGGUUUUAUUUGCAAUUGUGCUUCAACCUUGACUGAAAUGAGAACUGCAGAGGAGUCCUCAGGCACGGUGCUGCACCGGCUUAUUCAGGAGCAGCUGCGAUACGGGAACCCCACAGACACACGCACUCUCUUGGCCAUCCAGCAGCAAGCCCUGCGGGGAAGUGGAAGCGGCGGAGGCGCAGGGAGCCCUCGCUCGUCCCUGGAGAGCCUCACUCAGGAGGAGUCCCAGUUCAUCCAGAUGUCCACGAGACAGGAGCCACAGGGCCAGGAGCACCAAGGGGACUACCAGCACUCGGAAAGCCCCAUCUGCCAUCUCUACCAGCUCCACACAGAGGAGCUACCCACCUACGAGGAGGCCAAAGCUCACUCGCAGUACCUGGCCUCACAGAGGGGUCAGGCUUGCCUUCAGCAGGGUGGUCUGGAUACCCCUGGUGCGGAUUCAGGGCUUGAGCAGGACCAGGGCACAUGGGACCUCAAACGGGAGCAUGCUAGGUCACUAAGCGAGCGCCUCAUGCAGCUCUCCCUGGAGAGGAAUGGUGCCCAUGACAAUGUGCCCAUGAGUUCAUCGCACAGUUACCCCCAGCUAUCUGGUAGCCAUGCUGGUAUUGCUAUCCAUGAUGGGCCCGAUCAGCGUGGACCACCCCCAGAGUACCCCUUUACGGUCAAAUCUCCUGGAUAUAUGCUUAGCCAUUCGCAGGAGAAUGGACAUUAUUACAAAGAACCCCCUCCUGCUUUCCACUCUCAGCAUCACAGGUAUGUUCCAGCCCAAUCACAGGUAGCUAGACAUAACGCCCUGCCCACAAUGACGCCUGCUGGUCAGGAUGUCAUAGUUGGAGGCUACAGCAUCUCAGCCCCUAAUCCUCAAAUGGAACAGCUGAUAAAGGAAAAUGAAAGGCUGAAGAGGGAAGUGGAGAACUACAGUGAGAAAGCAGCAAGACUGCAGAAACUGGAGCAGGAGAUUCAGAGGAUAUCGGAGGCUUAUGAGACUCUUAUGAGAGGAUCUGCGAAGAGAGAGACUCUUGAGAAAACCAUGAGAAACAAACUUGAAUGUGAAAUCAAGAGGCUUCAUGACUUCAACAGAGACCUUAGGGAUCGCCUAGAAACGGCCAAUAAACAGAGAGCAACCAUGGAAGAUCAAGAUCACAGCCAACACGUCUUUGCCAAAUUGGCUGAGCAGAAUGAGGAGCACCAGCGGGAGCGUGAGCGCCUGGAGCGUGAGCUGCAACUUUUGAGGGCUUCUGGAGAGGAGUGGUGCAGGCGUCGGGAGGCCCUGGAGCAGGCCUUGGUGUCCGCUCAGGCCCGGAACAGGCAGCUUGAAGAGGAGCUGCGGAAGAAGAGAGCAUACGUGGAGAAAGUUGAAAGGCUGCAGAGUGCUCUGGCUCAGCUGCAGGCUGCCUGUGAGAAGAGGGAGGCACUGGAGUUGAAGCUUCGCACCAGGCUGGAGCAUGAGCUGAAGAGUCUGAGGACACAACAGUGGCAGUCUCAAGGCGAGCAGGCGAGCAGCACCUCUUCAUCCAGCCUAAACACCUCCUCUCUGCAGCAGCGGCUGAGGGAAAGAGAGGAACGUAUCUUAGCUCUGGAGGCUGACAUCACCCGCUGGGAGCAGAAGUAUCUGGAGGAGAGCACGAUGCGUCAGUUUGCCAUGGACGCUGCGGCCACUGCUGCUGCCCAGAGAGAUACAACCAUCAUCAACCAUUCGCCCAGACACUCGCCUAAUAGCAGCUUCAACGAGGUCCUUCCAUCAUCCAACCACAGACAUCAGGAGAUGGAGAACAGGAUCCGAGCACUGUAUGCCAAGCUGCUGGAGAAAGAUGCUGUGAUUAAGGUCCUGCAGCAGCGCUCGCGGCGUGAGCAGGGGCGGCCCGAACUCACCGGCCUCCGGCCCGCCCGAUCCGUCCCAUCUAUCAGCACGGUCACAACCAUGACCACCACUCGGCCCAAAGGGAAGAGCCUCUCAGAUGACCAGACAGCGGCUGCGACACUGCCCCCCGUGCCCCAUUCACUAUCCAAGGCCCAGAGCCGCGACUGCAGCACCCAGUGUGACGAGCCAUCAGAUGAAACAAACCCCACGUUAGAGAUCACCAGUGCACCAGCUGCUCCAGAGUCCACACCUACGCCCAGCUCUGAACCUACCACAGAGACGCAGCAGACCCAACCUCCAGUUAGCACAGCCAAGAGCAGCAGCAGCAGCAGUGCUGAAAGCGAACUAGUGGAGAUUCUCAUCUAAAGACAGUGGAAAGAAAAACUCACCCAGUUCAGGUCUCUUUAUGCCUGAACUGCAUUCGGCUCAACACUGCCUGAAUACAUGACCCACAUGGGAUUUGCCAAGCAAGAUCUUCUCAUCUCUAAUGGUGCUCAAGACAGUGGUUACCUAUGGAGCCAGUCUGUUUUUCGAUAAGGCGAAGUGAGGAGGUAAAAGAGAGAGAAAACCCCAGACUUUCCCCAGUGCAGAGAGGAGAGCUGAGCUCCCUUUACUGUUUCUCUACACCUAAAAGGACAAAAAACUCUCGAACUCUUCUAGCGACUCUCUCUCAGCUUGCCUCACAAUCCGAGGUACUUGUACAGUAACUCUGCAGAACUCCAAGAGGCUGCUGUGAUAUGGCAUAAGUACAUAUAAAACAGUAUAUAUGUGAGUUCCUUUUUUUGCCUUGUAUUUAUAUUUAUGAUAAUUGCUGCUGAACUGCGUGAGUUUUUUUUUUCUUUGAAGAGUGUUAUUGUAUGUGAGAAGGUGUAGGAAAGAAUACAAGAGAAUGAAUGUCUGUUUUUGAAUGUCUGUUUUUGCAGUCCAUCUGUUUUCUGUGCAUCCGUUGCCCUUGGUUCAUUUUUCAAGGGAAGUGUUUCCGCAGUCGACUUAGUAUACCGUUCCGUGUAAGACAAUAUCUUGCAUUCCUGGAUAAAAUGCACAGACAUAUCAGCUAACUUUGGUCGUUCUGCAUAUAGUAGACAUGUGCUGUUGCAACUGCUCGACCCUUAAACAUCCCAAAAAAAGAACAGUAAAGUUUGCGGGUCAGCCAUCUGUAGCGUAAAAGCGGUCGGCCUAGGAUUACGCUAUUUACCAGAAUAGUUGGGUGAAAACUGAUUGACUGAACGCUGACACUCCCUUUGACUAAAUUAACAUUACAGUUGGUGUUCUUAUUAUAAUUGGCUGCCAGUAGGCUUCUCUCUCUCCCUGUUUUAAGCAGCGGAAUGAGAAGCCUCCUUUUGUGGAUUUAGACUGCUGGGCACAUACUUGUCUCUUUUAGUGACACUUAAGAGACGUGUCACCCUCGGGACGGUCAGGGACUGAUGCUUCAAAUGCCACAUUAUCAUUUUGUGCCUCUAGCAGCAGCUAUCUGGCAUGCCUCUCUGUCCUUCGCUGACAAGCUGAAGCUAAUCUUCUCGCAUCCCUGCGUGGCGGUAUGUUCCUGAUUGGUGCAAAAGGCUAUCUGCUGCCUGACCCCUGGCCUGUUUGAAAUGGCUGGCAUUCAUGCUACUAUUCUCUUUCUGGGGCUAUUUAUUUCCACACAGCUAUGGUAGCUGGUUCUACCAUGAGCAUCAGAAUAGUGGAGUAGUUACAUACAGCAACAUGGACACAUCUAACCAUAUUUGCAGCUAUAAGUUGUGGUGUUAUUUUAAAAAAAAUGUUACUGUCUUAACUUCAAAGACUUACAUUUCUAUGGUCAAAAAGGCUGUUUGAGAUGGUGUGAUGUGAAUUCGCAAAUAAGAGCAGACCUGCAUUAGCUAGGUGGUAAACUAAGGGCUAAUACAUUUACACUUCAUUCUAACUAGACCAUGGAAAGCCACAUUCUCUCUGAGUGACUCUAGACUGGAAGUGUAGGUAAUCAGUAUUGCACCAUGUUCCUUACUGUCAUUGAACGCUAUUUCUCUUUGCCUGCUCUCCUACACAAAGUAUUUGCUGGUCAAUGAUUUGUAGAGGAGUCAUAUGCUUCUUGAAUGCUUUUUUUUGCUCUCUCUUUGGACUGUUUACAGAAAGGGCUGUUUGGAAAAGAAAAGACAUUAAUAUAUUUUGUAUAUUAUUGUGCCUUUUAUAGUAUCUAGUGACAUGAACAUUAAUGCCAAAGAUUUGCAUUACAAAGUAAGUUAUAUAAUGAAAAUAUGAGACCUUGGUGAAGUGUAGAUGCCUUGCUCAGACUGGUUGACCCAUACUUAGAUGUUGCUGUGAACUUCUGGAAUGGGACUUUUUUGUAUGCCAUUAACAUUUCAUUCAUUGAAUAAAAACUUUAAUAUA